CGUUAUUAAGGGGCAGCAACUGGAAAGGGAUGAGUCGAUUAUAUCAGAAGCUAUGCCGUCGGAGCAGAGAACAAACCAUCGCUCCAAAAACCAGUCCCUCAGAGACUAUACCAUUUGAUCGGUUUUGACAAGACUAUCCUGAAACCAACAUCUUCCGCACCAGGCUCCGGGAGUUGCAAGAUCUAGCAUUUGCACUCUGCAUAAGCGCAGAUUCUGGACAUAGAACCUUUCUGAGUGCUGGAUGGAGUGGCUCCCCCAUGGAGCUGCCGCCAAUCCGGGGUUUCGCCCGAGGACGCAUCCUCCAUCGAAAGGCAAGAAAAAGCAGACCGUCUUCCUCUGGACAUGUUGCAGGUGCGGGCAUUCGCCCAUUCGAAUCACGAUCUCGAGCUGCCCUCAGUGCCACCAUGCGCGAUGCUCCAAUUGCCGAACUGAGAAGGUCGUCCGGUAGAAAGCCCGCCCGACAAAAGUCAUUACCAAUCCUCCCCUUCAGCGGCAUUGUUCAUGCUUCAAUCAAAGGCUCACAGUCUCCCUGGGCUUGCAUCCGUUCACUCCCUCCACGGCCGAUACCUUGCGAAUGACUCCCUUUCGCACGAACCGCCAUGCGAUCGGUUCCCAUAUCCAGCUUCGGGUUGGAUAUGAUGCAAGGCGUCUACGUCUAAGAGCUGCGGAACAAUCCAACUGGACCAAGAAAAGAUGCCUUUUCAAAGACAACCCUAGUGGUCCUGUGUCGCGUUCCAAACCAAGUGUCCCAUCCAUCUCUCCACGCUGUGUCUGGACGAGCAAUCGAGAGCGUGGGAGAGAGAUCCCUCUUCUUUCUGCGCCCGAUCGAAAAUGUGUCGGUAGCAGAACUCUCACAGCCUCAUUUAUCGAUGCAAUCCGGAGCGACGUGGCCUCCUCUUACUCGAAUAGACCUGAUGUUAGGGAGCCAAUAGACUUAUUCACAAUGCUUCACUUGUGCCCAAUGUCACCAUUGAGGCAUUCCUUUCCAAUGUCGAGAAUCAUCUGACUACGUCUCCCGGGCGCGAUUGGUCCUCUCCAAACCUCUUAGGCGAUCGCCCUUUCCUGCAAGGCGCAAGUACCCGGGCACUCCUGUUCCAUUGUCGUUGACGGUACAGACCAAUCGCGAACUUACUGGUCCGCCGACGACGUCUUCGAAUUGCACCUUUGAGUACUGGAAUCGAACUGGGCCUGGCUGUUGUGCUACAUACGAAACAUGUAUGAGAAGGGUGCCGCCAGGCAAGGUGAUUGCUACAACGCCUCCCAUCCAGUCGCACUUCCCAAAGCACGCGUGUUUCUUCCUGUACGUACCUGAGUAGCACGCAAAUACCUGGACCCCUUCUUGCCAUGCGCAGUCUCUCUACAAUGUUGGGGAACAAGGCGUGGGCUUGCGAGGUCACCUCAGAAGACUUGGCUCGAUAUUUCUCCAGAUUGCCACUCUCGAAUCCGACCUUAUCUUCCGGCCAAUGGCUACCUGAGUUCAGAACCCCCCGUCAUGGUAUCGAUUAUGAAAAUGAGAACAAGUCGUAUAUUGAAACCCACCGGCAUCUCUGGCCAGACGAUUCGGAUCUCGAACUGUUCAUGCAGAAUCCCCAGGAUACAGACGACCGAAGUUUGUCCCUUGAGGUCAAAAGGGUGGUGGAUUUCUGCAAUGGCAAGACCCUGCCACCCGUCGGAAUUGAUGAACUGGGAGAUGGUCAGGACCCUCUCGUCGCUUGGCUGGACGAGCGCGCCUUUGAAGAAGGAGUCUUCAGCUCAAGAAACUAUCGAGGCCCCCUUACAUCAGAUGGGCUCGGUCAAGAAUUACGCAAGCGCCGAUAUCAUUAUGGGAAAGGCCGUGCCAAAGUACCAAGGCAUCCUUCGACAAUGCGGAACUUGGGCUGGAAACCCUGGACGGUGGUAAGAUUUUUCCUCGUAUCUCGGUUGUCUCAGGUUAAGGGUUCUCCAUGUCAUAAGACUUCCAAUCCCGGAAUCGCCACCGGCAGGACGAGCUUGGUUUGUGGUCAGGUUUCGGAGCCUGAUGCCGAUAGGCGCCUGAUAUUCGUCACCGACUUGGAUAGCGCCAGCAUCCAUGCGCUCAUCAGCACUGCUUCGACGCAUCAAGCCCCUGCACUCCGUGACGCUCUUGCCAGGCACCUUGCCUUCGAGCCUUUUGGCGACGUGAAGAUCCAAGCGGAUGGACUGUCGAUGUUCGAGCUUGGCUUCCAUUUACCAGGUCUUCUGUGCAGAAACUUCCAAACAACAGACCACCGAAGAUUUGAGAACGGGGAGACUCUAAGACGGACGAUUGACAUCUCGUUUCUGAACUGGGAACCCGGCCUACCUGGUGAGUUUCUCUACGAAGCUCAGGUUUCUUGUGUCAUCGCUGGCCUACACGAACACAACUGGGUCGCUUAUUGCUUUGCCGACACAUACUUUGACGGCAGCAAUGAGCGAAGGGAGACUGUGGCGGAAUAUCAUAAAGACGCACUUAGUGAAUGUGGAAUGAACGCAGAUCCUCUGACCUAUGGCAAUUGCGAUGCGAACGUCCCCCAUUGGGAUCCUAGGAAAUAUUUCCUUGCGGUGUACCUUCACCGUACGAAGCCGGUGAUACGGGAAUGGCUGCUCCUUACAGGCAAGGUAGAGCAUAGUUUCCGGAUAUACGAACAGGUAUGA